AUGGAGGCGGUUUGCGUCCAUGGCGAUGGUAUCUGCCAUGCAUAUGCUUUGGCUGCUGGACUUCACUCACUCAACCUUUACUGCGCUGCCAUAUCCGCUGCACUUAUAUGCUGCUGUAUUAAAAGAAGACCAUAUCGGGUAACCCAGCGAUGGCGAUUACAAAAUAUGCGUGGACUAACGAGCUUAGCUUUAGCUGUAGUAUGGUGUUGCUCUGCGGCAGCCGCGUCACUCCGUCCAGCAGACACUGUCUACCUGGUGGCUUCCCUAAUAGCUCCACUGUCUUGGCUGGCAGCUGCAGCUCUUCACGUAUCGUUAUGGAUCCGCCGUGCUGUCGCGCCCAUACUCUAUCUGGCGAUUUACUGGUUCCUCGCGUCCUUAUGCUCUGCUGCAAUAUUAUUCGAAAAUAUGAAGAGAGAAUACUCCGCAACUCACAUAGAAGUCUACCUUCAAUCAAUAAGUUUAUUCUGCACAAUUAUCAUGACUUGUGUAGACUGUAUAUGUUUUUACGACGAGGUUGCCAAACGAAAUGCAAACAACCAAAAAGAAUCGACAGAACCGUAUGCUAUGUCUUAUCAACAUAACGAAAGCCAUUUCUACGCUAAAAUAACCUUUUUCUGGCUCAAUUCAAUAUUGUACAAAGGUUACGAAGAACCACUAGAGAGUGAUGACCUCGGAUUUUUACCCGAGAGAGAAAAGUCCAAAUUUUGCUACCAAAGAUUUAAAAAUAACUAUGACGAACAGACACGAAAACGACCCAGUUUGUUGAAAUGCUAUGCGAAGACCGUCUGGCCAAAUUUCUACAUUUCAGGGCUAUUGAAAAUGUUAGGUGAUAUGGUUGGGGUCAUACCGCCGCUAGGUUUAGGUAUUAUAAUACAGUUUAUAGAGAAACCACUGAUGACUGGAUACCGGACCGGCGCGGAUGUUACAGUCGACGAAUUUUUUAAUAACGGUUACGCUAUGUUAAUGAUUGUGACGCUUUCACUUAUCGUACAGGCAUUAUUGUCUCAAAACUCUACUCAUUUAGUUACAGUCGAAGGAAGCCGAUUAAAAACAUCGUUACAGAACAUGGUGUUUGAAAAAUGCACUCGAUUAGCUACAUGGUCUUCUCGUGAAGUUAACGACGAUGAACAAUCGCCACUUCUAACCGUCCAAAAGGAAGAAUCGACACAAACGGGCAUGCUCAUGAACCUGGUCUCACAGGAUACAUACAAUAUUAUGUCCUGUAUGUGGAUUUGUCAUUACACUUGGGCUAUACCUUUAAAGGUAUCUGUUAUUUUAUACCUUUUGUACACUAAGUUAGGCAUCAGUGCAAUUAUUGGAGCGGCCGCAAGUGUUCUCUUAAUAACGCCAUUACAGUUUUAUAUUGGUAAAAAAAUCUCAGACAAUUCUAGAAGUAUUUCUAAAUGCACCGAUCACAGAAUGUCCAAAGUGGCUGAGAUAUUACAAGGCAUGAACGUCAUCAAAUUAUAUGUGUGGGAAGACUUAUUUAAUGAAAAAAUAUUACAACUACGAGAAGUUGAAUUGAAACAUCUCAAUAAAGAUUCUAUUUAUUGGGGAAUUUUAACAUUCAUAACUCAAUUUUCGUCGGUAUUGGUGACAGUUAUAACAUUUAUAGCGCAAUACCUUCUCGGAAAAAGUAGUGAACUAACAACAGUGAACAUUUUUGCUGGCUUAGCAUUGUUUAAUCAAUUGACUAUCCCCCUUCUCAUUUUACCCGUUACUGUGCUAAUGGUCAUUCAAGCGAUGGUUAGCACAAGAAGACUUCAAGAUUUCUUAGAUCUACCAGAGUCAAAUAAUCUUAAAGAUGAGAUCUAUAUUAAGAAUUCGGAAUUUAAUGAUGACUUUUUAGAUUCAAUCGAGAAUCCUCUUUCGGAAAAAGAAGAACAUGACGUCAAUAGCGUCGAAAAUAAUAGUGUUGUACAAGAGAAGACUUAUGAUUAUCUAGUUAGAUUCCGAAAUGCAAUUUAUUCCUGGGGAACGAAAGACAACCCUAGUCUGGAAAUAGAAGAUUUAGAUAUACCUACAGGAAAACUUAUUAUGGUCAUCGGUUCUUCUGGUUCGGGAAAAUCGUCACUACUAUCAGCAAUUCUUGGGGAAAUGCAACUGGAACAAGGCAAAGUGGACUUUAAUGGACCUACGUCUACUUGGUUCGCUGGCCAACCUCCAUGGCUUUUAGACUGGUCAAUAAAGGACAAUAUCCUCAUGGGGAGUUCUUGGUGCGCUACAAGGUACAUGCGCAUCGUAAGAGCUACCGGCCUUCGACCGGACUUGCAGCUACUACCCGAUGGGGAUAAUACCAUACUUGGUAGCUAUGGAAGCCCGUUAUCUGGUGGGCAACGUGUACGUGUAUGCGUUGCACGAGCGUUAUACUCUAGAGCACGUCUAAUUGCAUUGGAUGAACCGUUGAGUUCAUUAGAUGUUCCUCUAGCGAGACACGUCGUGGCCAGAGCGCUGGUACCCGCAGCGAGAUCAGGCCGAACUAUUCUCCUCGCUACGAGCAGACUGGAACUACUACACUAUGCUGAUUUGGUCAUAGUUAUGGAAGGCGGGCGAGUAAGUGGAGUAGGCCGCCCAGGGCUUUGCGAGGGAGCGCUGGGAGAGUGGUGGUCAUUAGCUGGUGAAGCCCGGGCGUCCGCAGCCCGAUGUGGAGCUGGACCCCCGGGAGGAACCGCCCAAGAGCGAUCACUUUUAAUUCACACAAUCUCCAGGAUUAAAAACCAGAGAAGCGUCUCGGAGGAUAAUAUUAUUGGCGUAAGUGAAGCAACAGGUGCGCACCUUCUAGCAGAAGUGUGGACAUGUGGCGUUGGCACUUGGAGAAGAACGUCUAAAAACUCUCGUAUUCCUCUCUCAAGACAGUUUUCGUCGCCACCUGCGUCUUUCUAUGGCCAUAAGUCGCGCCAUGCUGUUCGUCGUACCGUAAGUGCAGAUGCCUCGAAUGACACACUUCAGAGAGAAGCUAGCUUAUUAAGACGACUGCUAAGACCUAGAACUCAAACUCUGAUAAGGUGGACACCGAGAACUCUGCGUCGCUUGGUUAGCUCUGACUCAGAGGCAAACGUAGAAAUCGCACAGAAAGAUAACGCAGAAGACCAAACCUUUAGUUCGACGCUAACAUCGUUGACCACAAAUGGAGUAGAAAACGUUGCCAUAUCAGAUCCACCAGAUAAAGAUGAACCUGACCCGCUUCGGAACGAGUGCUCUAUGUGGAAAGAAUACGCAGGAAGUUGUGGUUGGUGGGGCCUAAUAUUUUGCGUAACAGCAUCGAUAGCACAGGGUCUAGUAGUCGCCGCUGAUUGCUGGCUCUCCAAGCUGGCUGAUGAAAAUACUCGACAGCGUCUCAGUGAUGAACAGAUGUGGGAGAUGGUACAAACCUACGCGGGUUGGUGCGCCUGUGGUGCGAUCGCAGGUGGACUGUGUCAGGCGGCCUGCGCCUGCGCAGGGGCGACAGCGAGGAGAGUUUUCCACGACAGACUACUGCGGUCAACGCUUAAUGCACCACUACAGCACCACCACGCCACCCCACAAGGAGCAUCUUUGCAUCGGUUUUCUGCUGACAUAUCCGUCAUAGAUAAAAAGCUUCCAACUGCUAUCAGCCGGUGUAUGCAGUUAGCACUCUUAUGCGGUGCUGCUGUCUUAGUAAACAUUAUUCUGUCUCCGUGGACCCUCCUCGUUUUAUUACCAGCAGUAUUUUUUUAUGUGGCAUUGCAGUCUGUUUAUUUGAAGAAUGCAAGCGAGCUUCAAAGAAUAGAAGCAAACAGUGCAGCUCGUGUGGUGACGUUGACAGCACAAACUAGCGCCGGUGCAGUCUCCGUAAGAACGGGGAGACUGCAGGCCAAGUUACGCGAUGCCUUCCAAAAGCGUGUGGAUGAUAAUCAUAAUGCAUUAUUGCUUUUGAAUGCCUCGAACCGUUGGCUAGCUCUUGGCCUAGAUCUCCUUGGCGUGUGCACAGUGUUUACAUCAAUAUCGGUAGCUAUGUAUAAUGAAAGUGCUGGAUCGGUCGCGGGUUUGGCUGGAACUUACGCUUUGUUGCUACCUAUGUACUUGGCCCAUUUAGCUAAAUGCCGUUCCGACCUACAUUUGCAGUUGGCUUCUCUUGAGAGAAUACUAAGUGAUAUUGAUGUACCCCAAGAAGAUUAUCGAGAGGAUUGUCCGAUUCCAGCUGGAUGGCAGCGAAACGGAAAAAUAGAAUUCCAAGAUGUUAGCGUCCAGCAUCAACCGGAUGCGUCAGUUAUUCUUAAGGAUGUCAAUUUUACCGUGGAAGCUGGACAAAAGGUUGCAAUAUGUGGUCGCAGCGGCAGCGGAAAGUCCACAUUGUUACUCACUUGUGCUGGUGCUACAACGAUUAACCAAGGUCGUGUACUAAUCGAUGGACAGGAUAUAAUGGAAGUCCCGCUAAAACCUUUACGUCACCGUAUAGUAGUCUUACCCCAGGAUACAAUGGUGUUCUCUGGGACGUUAAGGGAAAAUUUGGACCCACUUGCCGUCCAUACUGAUGAAGAGAUAUGGCAGUGCUUGAAAGCAGUUGGGUUAUAUGACUUCGCUAGUGCCCAAACUGCCGGACUAGAGUGUCUAGUAAGCAAUCGCAAUGGAGGCUGGCUAGGAGGUGGCCGUGUGGGAAGGGUAUGUGCUGCGCGAGCUGCGUUACACGCUCGACCUGCUGCCGCGUUGCUGCUAGACGAGCCGGCUGCAGCUCUUGAUAGUUCCGCCCAGCGGGCUUUACUCCGUGCUCUUGCUUCACUCGCACCACAUAUAACAAUCAUAACAGUUGCGCACCGAAUCUCAUCAGUCCGCGAAUAUGACACCUGCGCAAUACUCGAAGAAGGUCGCUUAGUGGAGCGCGGACACAUCAAUAACUUGCUCUCUGACCCGUCCAGUCGACUCUCGCGCAUGUUGACGUCUCCUACGCAAUUAAUAUAG